CGGGCAUCAUGUGCGUUUUACCGUAGUCUGUUUACAAGGGAGUCGCCGUGAUUUCUUUCAUUUUGAUCUGAGGGGAAGAUGCUCUGCUUUGUCGCCAACAAGUUCUCCCGCCGCAAAAAGCUUCUCCCCCCACUGUUCUCUUCUACCCGCAACUUCCUCUCAGCCGCGGCAACGGCUCAUUCUCCCUCCGCUUCCUCCAAACUGCAUUCUAAAUACACCUUCACUCCCCCACCCUCUCUUAAACCCACAAGAAGCCCUAAUCUCUCAGACCCGAAACCCCAAAAGCCACCUAAACCCCGCUACCGCCCACCCUCCUCCCUCGACCGUGACGGCCCUCCGACCUCCGUCAACAACCUGCCGUUCGACUUCCGUUUCAGCUACUCCGAGAGCAGCCCUACUGUGCGGCCUAUUGGGCUUCGUGAGCCCAAAUACUCCCCUUUCGGUCCAGGCCGAUUAGACAGGGUAUGGACCGGCGUCUGCGCCCCUGUGGUUGACCCGAAGCGGGGAUCGCCGGAAGAUGAGAGAAAGCUGGAGGAGAAGAGGAGGAGGAUGUGGGAGAAAAUACAAGGGGAGCCAUUGAGCAGCGCAGAGAGGAAGGCUCUUGCUGAGAGAUGUCAGAGGCACAAAACUAAGCGGCAAAUCAAUUUGGGUAGAGAUGGAUUAACACACAAUAUGCUGAGUGUUAUUCAUAAUCACUGGAAACAUGUGGAGGCUGUCAGGAUAAAGUGUAUGGGGGUUCCCACCGUUAAUAUGAAGAACUUGUGCUCUCACUUGGAGGAAAAGACGUUUGGUAAGAUUAUCCACAGACAUGGAGGUUUUAUUGUGCUCUACAGAGGGAGGAAUUAUGACCGGAAGAAGAGGCCAGAGAUUCCAUUAAUGCUGUGGAAACCUCAUGAGCCUGUCUAUCCAAGGCUUAUAAAAACUACUAUUGAUGGCUUGAGUAUCGAGGAAACCAAGGAAAUGAGGAGAAGAGGAUUAGCAAUCCCCGUUUUGACCAAACUCGCUAAAAAUGGCUAUUAUGCUAGCCUUGUACCCAUGGUUCGGGAUUCUUUUUUGACGGAUGAGUUGGUGAGAAUUGAUUGCAGAGGGCUCCCGAGGAGUGAUUACAAGAAAAUCGGCUGCAAAUUAAGGGAUCUUGUUCCUUGUAUCCUGGUAACGUUUGAUAAGGAGCAGAUUGUGGUAUGGAGGGGUAAAGACUAUAAACCUAAUAAAGAGGAUGGAUUUUUACUCCCGGAUAGGGAACCAUUUGAUGAUGAUGCAAAGGAUGGUUUGUUUAGCUACCAAGAAGAAGAAGAAGAAUGCAGUGUGAGAUUCUUGGAUGGGGAGCUUCUUCUGAAAGGCGAAUUGUCUCCACCUAGCCAUACUCGAACAUCAUGACUUGUUCUGCUGUAUAAAGCUACAGGCCUUUUUGGGAUGCCUGAUGUUACAAGUUCUGUUAUAUAAGAAGUGGUUCUCAUUUAAGCGCUAUUUUUUAAUAAAAGUUUUCAUCCAGUGCUUGUUAAAUAAGCAUAAGAAGUUUUGUUCAUUUUGAAUGAAAAACACAUUUUCAUUUCCUAGUUAAAUGAUUCUUUUUAAAGUAAAAGUAAUUUCUAUCCUAUGGAGACCACUUAUUAUUUGAGAACAAGUCAUCCCUAACAUUCUCUAUAGUGCUUAGCAAGGGAGUCUCGAGAUGCCAUGGAGAAGGAGGUGGGGUAGGAGGAGAUGUUUGGAAAGCUACCAACUUCAUCUCUGACACUGAUCAACGGCUUUCAGAUUCUCUCCUUGAUUUCAGCAACAUUUUCCUACCACAAAAAGCUCCUCAUCCCACUGGCUUCGUCCUCUCUGUUGCUGCCGCUAUUUAUUCUUCCACUUCGUGCAAAUUGCUUCCAUAUACUACUCCAAUACCUUACUUAAACCCAGAAGAAAUCUUGAUCCCCAGGCUCAGAACCCCAAAAGCAAUCAAAAGCCUGCUACCACUCACUCUCCCCUCUUGACCGUGAUGGUCACCUGACCUCCGUGACAACCUGCCAAUAGAUUCUGGUCCACAUACACUCUAAGAGCAGUCCCACUGUGUGGCCGUUAGGCUUUGUGAGCCCAAAUCCCCCCUUUAUGCGACUGUACCCUUGCGGUUAAAAUGAAACAUGGACUGCCUGAAGGUGAAAGAAAGUGAGUAGAAGAGGAAGGGAGAUAUGAAAGAUGAUACAUGCUGAGCCAUUGAGCAAUGCAGACAUGCACAGAGGAGAGUUGUAGCCGAGGGUGUUCUAAUUUGUCUGAAAAGUUAUUGCAGUGUUGCAAAUUGUAGCCUUUUCUUUCGUUCCAUGCUCCAGUUAAUACUUGAUAGGGAUACUUUGUAUCUUCCACUCUUACAUCUCUACUGGUAAUGUUUUAUGAAAAAUAUGCCGAUAGUUAAGCUGAGAUUGCAGAAAUAGUAAAUUGAUACUCCCUUCCG